AUGGUCGGCGGUUGUCGUACAUUUCUACUCUUCAUUUGCAUCACCCAUUUCUUUGCUAUCAAUGGCCAACUUAUUCAUAGAGAAGCACUCCAGAUCAUCAUCGGUGGUGGUGCUGACCCUCCAUCGCCACCGCCGGAAUAUCAAGAUUGUCCCCCUCCACCACCUCCACCAUGCCCACCACCACCAUCACCACCACCACCACCACCUCCACCACCGUCACCGUCACCACCACCACCACCACCACCACCGUCACCGUCACCACCACCACCUUCACCAAAACUGUCAUCACCACCACCUUCACCAAGACCGUCACCACCACCACCACCACCAAAACCGCUACCACCAGCAAGUGGUGGUUUCGAGAGCUCGCUACUGGCAGCAGCCUUCAACGUAAUCCAGACCUUCAAACGCAAAGUGAAAUCGGACCCCAAAGGAAUUACAAAAACAUGGAAGGGCAAAAGGAUUUGCCAAGACUACAAAGGCUUCAUUUGCGACAUCGUACCGAAUGUCAAAAUGAAGACCGUCGCCGGCGUCAAUUUCAACGGCUAUAACUUCUCCGGCCCACACCUAACCCUCUCCGAGUUGAUUCUAGGUCUGAAAGACAUCGCCUUCUUCCAUGCAAACUCCAACGGCUUCCUGGGCACCAUCCCCAAAAAUAUCAGCCAACUCCAAUACUUGUACGAGCUCGACCUCAGUAACAACAAACUUUCCGGCAGCUUCCCCAACGCCGUCCUCGGUGCCACCAAGUUAGUAUUCCUCGACCUCCGGUACAACAAUUUUUACGGCAAAGUUCCUCCACAAGUCUUUCAACUCGACGUCGAUUUGCUCUUCAUCAACAACAACAGAUUCAUACAAACACUGCCCGCCACCCUUGGCUCCACUCCGGCGCUCUACCUAACCCUAGCUAACAACAAAUUCAUCGGAGAAAUCCCUCGGACCAUCGGUAAUGCUUCCAAUACCCUACUCGAAGUUCUUUUCUUAAACAACCAGUUAACCGGAUGCUUACCCUAUGAGAUCGGAUUAUUGAGGAAAGCCACCGUCUUUGACGUCGGCGGUAACAGCUUAACCGGCCCAAUCCCAUCCUCAUUUCAGUGCUUAGAGAAAAUGGAGCUCCUGAACUUGGCUCAUAAUAAGUUCUCCGGCAUAGUACCGGAGGCGGUGUGCAGCCUUCCGAAGCUAUCGAAUUUCACCCUUUCAUACAAUUAUUUCACCGAGGUUGGCCCACAGUGUCGGAAGCUGAUCAAGACUGGAGUCCUUGAUAUGAAGAUGAACUGCAUUAUCGAUCUUCCGAAUCAGAGAUCGCCGGCCGAUUGUCGUAAAUUCUACUCGACUCCUCCUCUUUAUUGCCCCUAUGCAAAAUAUCUCACUGUAAAUUGCCCCAAACGUUAUACAUUGGAGUCCUCCGAUCUUCAAUCCACUGCUCCGGCAACGGCACCGGCACCGGGGCCGGCUUCUCGAGGGCAAACUUAUGGUGCUCUUUCGCCGCAUUAAUCAAUCUUAAGUGUGUAUAAAACUAGAUGUAAAGUGAUGAUGGGUCAAAGUGAAGUAAUUGUAUUGUUUGUUUCUUAUAUUUGAACAUGUAAAAAUAAUUGGCCUCUCUCAUGGUCUCACGGAGUUUGGAAAGAAUUCAAUUGUAACAUAUAAAUAUCAAUUUCUUAACUUAUAUAAUAUGUUUUAAUAUCAUGGUUUUUAUC